AACACCACCUAAAACACCCUCGCUCUCUCGCUCUCUCUCUCUCCCUGUGGGCUGUGGUAUGAUGAUGAUGAUGAAGAUUCCCCAAUCGUGUAUACCAAUUUCACGUACCAGUCAAUGUGGCAUUUCUAGGGUUUUCAGGGUCCUAUUUUGCACCACCGGUACGGUGACUCCCUCUUCGUCAAAAGACACUCUUUAUCGUAGUCUUGUACAAUUUGGGAAACCUACGCCUGGGUUUUCGAUUCAAGGAGUACUCGACCAAUGGGUGGAAGAAGGAAGAGCCUUGGAGCGUGAAGAUCUUAGGGUUACCAUCAAGCAACUCAGGAAAUUCAAACGUUUCAAAGAAGCCCUGAAGGUAUCUGAAUGGAUGAGCGAUAAAAGAUUUCUUGAUCUGUUACCUGGAGAUGUUGCGGUGAGGUUGGAUUUGAUAUCGAAGGUACACGGCCUAGAGCAUGCAGAGAAGUAUUUUAGUAACAUUCCUAUCACUUUAAUAGGCGUACAUGUGUAUGGUGCUCUGUUACACUGCUUUGCCCAUGCAAAAAACGUAGAGAAAACAGAAGCCGUCAUGCAGAAGAUGAGGGAGCUGGGCUUUGCUAAAACAGCACUUACUUAUAAUGUCAUGCUGAAGCUCUACUCAGACAUGGGAAAUCAUGACAAACUAGAUUCCCUGAUGCAAGAGAUGGAAGAGAAGGGCAUAGCUGGUGACAAAUUCACAUAUAAUACUCGGUUAAAUGCAUAUGCAUAUGCUUCUGAUUUAGAUGGAAUGGAGAAGCUUCUGAUGAAGAUGGAAGCUGACCCUGUGGUCACUAUGAGCUGGCAUGCGUAUGUUGUGGUAGCAAAUGGUUACUUGAAAGCUGGUGCAGUAGAAAAGGCUUCAUCAAUGCUAAAAAAGUCAGAGCAACUCGUUAGGGGUAAGGAGAGAAGGUUUGCGUACGAAGUUAUACUCUCAUUGUAUGCAAGUAUUGGGAACAAGAAGGAAGUGUACCGUAUAUGGCAACUGUACAAGACAUCCGGGAGAAUCUACAAUAUGAGCUAUAUUAAUAUGAUUAGCUCACUAGUAAAGUUAGACGACCUUGACAGCGCAGAAAAGAUAUUGGAGGAAUGGGAAGCUGUGAAGGAGAAUUUUGAUUCUCGAGUUCCAAACGUUCUUAUCAGUGCUUUUUGCAAAAAGGGUCUUUUAGGAAAUGCUGAAUUGAUUGUAAACAGGCUCAUGGAGAGUGGCAUGGAGCCGAUCGCGGCCAUAUGGCAGCACUUGGCAGCUGGAUAUCAUGAAAAUGGUGAGGGUGAAAAGGCUUUGGAGACGAUGAAGAAAGCAAUUGCGGCGAGUCAUCCGGGAUGGAAGGCAAAUCUUGCAACUGUGGCUGCUUGUCUAGAAUAUUUGAAAGGGAAGGUAAGCAUAGAAGCGGCAGAAGAGUUUAUUGAAUUACUGAAGGAAAAGGGUUGUAUACCAACGGAGCUUUGCGACAAAUUCGUUGCGGAGUGCCAAGUUAGAAUCCAAUGCUCUCCAAGUUUUGGUCAUUUGGGCGGGAAGUUGCACAACAGGAUUACAACUUUUGCAAAUGACCGAGAUGAUCGGUUAUGGAGUAAUUGGCUCGCGUACAAGAGAAUGACGUCCAUUGUAUUUGGAUGGAAUGGGUUGAGAAGAAUUAUUUGUCGCAUAAGGUCCCAAAUCACAAAGUUAGGGUGGAGACUUUUCUUUUCUCCUAUGGUUAGGCGUAGACUCAUACAGGAUCCGAGCCCAUCAAAGCCUUUAUGUCCUUGGGAUACAAGUCUACGCCUAUGCCAUAGGAGAAAGGAAAAGUCAUCACCCCAACUUCAUGAUUUGGGACCCUAUGCGACAAAUAAUUCUUCCCAACCCACUCCAUCCAAAUACGAUAGUAGGAGGGGUGUGGAAGAAUGUUUUUCUGUCCUUGAAGGGUCAAGGAUUCGGUUUAGCAAGGGUUACGUUUGCAAAAGUGGUCAUCCUGUUGUGCAACUUCCCACCCAAAUGAUCUCUCAAUGCUUGGAGACUGAAGCACCCAGCCAUGCAAGGAAGGUAGAAGUAGAUAAACCUCAAAUCGUCCUUUCUAAGUUCGAUACAGGCAAGGAUGUGGCAGCUCUACUGAAUAUCAUCACCGGGAAGCUUGCAUGCUCUAGAAGAAACACAAAGGGGCAUACACAAGUCCAGAAUGCAUUGAAGGCAAACAAUUGUAUGAAUUUUGUGGAUGCAUCACUUACUUUGUGCUCUACUGUUGUGAUUGCAAAUCCUAGUGAAAUCAGUGUGUCAAAUCCAGAUCCUUCUUUGUGGAAAGCUAUUGAUAUACUAUGGGACAAUGUAAAGUAUGGAGUCAAACUAGAGGGACUAAAUGUGGGGCGGGGGGGUGGGGUUGGGUUGUUUGAGUUUGCAAUACUAUGGGACAAUUAUGGGGCAGUAGUUGAUGCUUUCAUUGCAAACAAGAAGAGUAAGAGGUAUCAGUCGAAAUUUGGUUUCAUUAGAUUUUCAACUUUGGAGGAAGUUUGGGGGGGGGGGAUAAAUUUCUUGGAUGACAUUAUUGGAGAGAAAAAUUUACUGGUGAAAAUGGCAUCUUAUGGUGCGUCAAACAAACUAACUAGCAGGAGUGGAAGCCAUGGGGGUACUGAGAUGUUCAGGAGAAGCGCGAUAAAUUUCUUGGAUGACAUUAUUGGAGAGAAAAAUUUACUGGUGAAAAUGGCAUCUUAUGGUGCAUCAAACAAACUAACUAGCAGGAGUGGAAGCCAUGGGGGUACUGAGAUGUUCAGGAGAAGCAAACAAUUGGGCUGGUCGAGAUUAUUCAGCAAAGAAGUUAGAAGUGAAUUCCAAGAUAAUAUAGGUGAAGGAGAAGUUAGUGGGAAUGAGUUGCUUGACAGAAGUGCAAUGGCUACUCUUCACUCACCACCAUCAAUGGAGUCCAUCAAGGAGGUUCUGCAUUGUGAAGGAGUCCCAAAUAUUCAAGUAAGAGACAUGGGUGGUCUUAAUGUGAUUGUAACUUUUCCAUCCAUUCCUGUUAUGAACUCGAUGAUUAAAGGGGGAAAGGUCUGGGAAGUGGUGAACAAAGUAAUUCAAUUAGAAAUCAAUCCUAAGAUGUUUGAUGUGGGGGUGGUGGAAGAGCAAGUGGUCAUCACUGGGCACGUGGUUGAAAAUUGCAGCUCCAAAGGUAAUCCAGAAGGAGAUGACAGGGGGGGCAGUUCUGCUAUUUCAAUACUUGUACGUUCUACCAUCAUAGUGUCUGUCUAUUACUCCCACGAAGGUAUUUUGUUUCCUUUUGGCCUUGACGGAGAUCAUGAGGAUGUGAAUGCUCCAGUCGCUUCUCCCCCUUCUUCUCCUAUAUUGGUCCCUCUUGCACUCGUACUGCAUACAUGUUGGGCUUUGUUAUUCUCCUAUGAGUAUUAUAAAUUACCCGUUACUGUUUUGUAUUAUAUUCGAUUUUUGUGCAACAACAAUGAUUGGAUUAAGCUAAUAGAGUUUUACACAAAGUCCGUCCUUGAUCAAACUACCAGUGUUACUGCAACUUGCAAGUCGGUUUCGAUCGUCACAUUGUUAAGACCGUUCUCCAGAAUUAUGCUCUCUCUCUCCCCCUGUGGUUUGAUGAUGAUGAUGAAGAAGAUUCCCCAAUCGUCUAUACCAAUUUCACGUAACAGUAAAUGUGGCAUUUCUAGGGUUUUCAGGGUUCUAUUUUGCUCCACCGGUACGGUGACUUCCCCUUCGUCAAAAGACACUCUGAAUCGUAGGCUUGUACAAUUUGGAAAACCUACGCCUGGGUUUUCGGUUCAAGGAGUACUCGACCAAUGGGUGGGAGAAGGAAGAGCCUUGGAGCGUGAAGAACUUAGGGUUACCAUCAGGCAACUCAGGAAAUUCAAACGUUUCAAAGAAGCCCUGGAGGUAUCUGAAUGGAUGAGCGAUAAAAGAUUUCUUGAUCUGCUACCUGGAGAUGUUGCGGUGAGGUUGGAUUUGAUAUCGAAGGUACACGGCCUAGAGCAAGCAGAGAAGUAUUUUAGUAACAUUCCUAUCACUUUAAUAGGCGUACAUGUGUAUGGUGCUCUGUUAAACUGCUUUGCCCGUGCAAAAAACGUAGAGAAAACAGAAGCCGUCAUGCAGAAGAUGAGGGAGCUGGGCUUUGCUAAAACAGCACUUACUUAUAAUGUCAUGCUGAAGCUCUACUCAGACAUGGGAAAUCAUGACAAACUAGAUUCCCUGAUGCAAGAGAUGGAAGAGAAGGGCAUAGCUUGUGACAAAUUCACAUAUAAUACUCGGUUAAACGCAUAUGCAUAUGCUUCUGAUUUAGAUGGAAUGGAGAAGCUUCUGAUGAAGAUGGAAGCCGACCCUUUGGUCACUAUGAGCUGGAAUGCGUAUGUUGUGGUAGCAAAUGGUUACUUGAAAGCUGGUGCAGUAGAAAAGGCUUCAUCAAUGCUAAAAAAGUCAGAGCAACUUGUUUGGGGUAAGGAGAGAAGGUUUGCUUACGAAGUUAUACUCUCAUUGUAUGCAAGCAUUGGGAACAAGGAGGAAGUGUACCGGAUAUGGCAACUGUACAAGACAUCCGGGAGAAUCUACAAUAUGAGCUAUAUUAAUAUGAUUAGCUCACUAGUAAAGUUAGACGACCUUGACGGCGCAGAAAAGAUAUUGGAGGAAUGGGAAGCUGUGAAGGAGCAUUUUGAUUCUCGAGUUCCAAACGUUCUUAUCAGUGCUUUUUGCAGAAAGGGUCUUUUAGGAAAUGCUGAAUUGAUUAUAAACAGGCUCUUUGAGAGUGGUGUGGAGCCAAUCGCGGCCAUAUGGCAGCACCUGGCAGCUGGAUAUCAUGAAAAUGGUGAGGGUGAAAAGGGUUUGGAGACUAUGAAGAAAGCAAUUGUGGUGAGUCAUCCGGGAUGGAAGGCAAAGAUUGCCACUGUGGCUGCUUGUCUAGAAUAUUUGAAAGGGAAGGGAAGCAUAGAAGCGGCAGAAGAGUAUAUUGAAUUACUGAAGGAAAAGGGUUGUAUACCAACAGAGCUUUGUGACAAAUUCGUAAAGAAGAUGCGGAGUGCCAAGUUAGAAUCCGAAGCAUGUGAUCUCAUGGGAGGGGAUAAGCAGGCUCUGGAGGGAGAACAAAGCGGCAAGGAGUUGAAGGGAGAAAUUAUUAGCUGAAGCAUUCUGAAAAUGAAAGCUUCAGUUUUCCAUUUCGGAUUUGUUGGCAUGCAGUUAUUUCCAUUUCAGAUUUAUCCUUUAGAUAUGAUAAUUGGAGUGAUAACGGGUGCAGUGUUGAUUUUUUAUUCAACUCAAAAUAGUAAAUUCCACAAUGCUUAUGCAGGAAACUAACUUAUUCCAAGGACACGGCUGCUCUACAGAGCCACAUCCAGACAAGGCGGAUAUGGAUCAAAAGGCAUGAUCUCUUCAACAUAACGUCAGAAUAUCUUCUAUCAAAACCUGUAUCUCCCCGAGUUCUUCAUGAAUUUGGUAGUGGAUUUACGCACUUGAUCAAAGUAUGAUGUUUAGAAUUAGUCAUCCUAAAAAUUGAAUUGGGUUAAGUCGUUGACCAUGGUAUCUACUGGCCAUUUUCCAGUUUGAGGAUUGUGAUACCAUUUCUGGGGAAGACGUAAAUUUCAUUAUAUAAUAUUGUACUUGUGAUG